CUGUGCUUUUCUGGAAGCAGAGGGUCUUCCUUCGCCGUGGCAGGGUCUUGCCGUUCCCCCCACCCCAGUCAGGGCCGUUUGCCCCCAUCCUAAUUUCAUUUCUGUCUCUUCUUUAAAAGAAAGCGUUUGUUGUUAAAAUAGAAAAGUUCUUUCUCUUGAGUUUGGAGAAUGGAGAGAGGACCGUUUUGCUGCCACAGUGGGUAUAGGGGCUGGCUGGGACCCAUCCUGCAGGCUUGAAAGCUGCUCCGUGGCUUUGGUGGAAGAGGUGAGGGUCCCACCCCAGUGUUUCGAGGCUUGAUGACAACAUGGAGGUGUCAUGUGCUGGUGUGACCGACCUCUCAAGUUCCAUUCUCAGCCUCUGCCUCCUCAUGGUCUGGAGGCAUGGGGGAUUCUAGAACCAGAGGACUUUGCCGCCCUUUCAGGAAGCAGACCCGGCUGGGCAACACAAGAAUGAUCCGGGGUUGCCCCAGUGCCUCCAUGACUGGGGACAGGCUCCUCCCAAGGUGGGCGGUCCUGUUAGGUGAACUCCCGUGUUCCUGCCCAGUGUGGCCUGUGGCUUCGCCACCUUUGGCGUGGGACAGGCUUGUAACACGCAUUUGAUCUGAUUGCCCACGGAAUUGUCUUGAUUCAGAGGCAGCUUUGGAGGGGGAUUUGGUGCUGUCUGUUGGAUGGGAUGAGGUCCUAUUUGGGCUUCUCAAGAGCCUUGGCGUGAAGUAAGCACUAAGAAAACCAGGUAGAGACGGAAAGAGAAACCAACCCUGUUCUUAGUUUGGCUGCAUUAUUGGGGUUUAUUUGAAGUUGCUUUUUAUGUGUGUAAAAUGUACCAUAGCAUACAUUCCAAGAGGGGCUUUAGUUUUGGUUCAGAUGAGGAUUUCAGAUGGCUGGCAGGUUAAAUGUUCAGCUGCUAACCGAAAAGUUGGUGGUUCGAACCCACUAGCCGCUUUGUUGGAGAAAGCUGUGGUAAUCUGCUUCCACGAAGAUUACAGCCUUGGAAACUCUAUCGGGCCGUUCUGCUCUGCUCUAUAGGGUCAUGGGUGAGUCGGAACUGAACUCCAUGGCAAUGGGUUUUGAAUCAAAAACUUUUCUAAGAUGUGUUAAGUAAAUCCAAAGGUUUUGAGAUUGAGGGAGAGGCAGGAAAGUUGUACUCUUUAGUAUCCCAGAAGAACGGGGGUAGACUCACCAUUUUCUGGCCCUAUGUUGGGGCUGCACUGAUGAGAAUGGAAGCUUCCCUGCACGAGGAUGACCUGCGGACCCCCCAGCGCCAGAACUUCUGUUCCUCUCAGACUUCAGUCUGUGAGUUACAGUUUGGCCACAACCUAGCCCACCGAGAGGGAAAGGGAAUUUUGAAAUUCCGGUAUACCUCUUAAGCCUGAGGCCUUGUAUAAAAACUUCUUCUCAGAUGUUUCAACUAACGGACUCUUCCCUAAAUCAAUGGGGGACACUCUCAGGCCCCGCAGCAGGACUGGCAGGUUAUCAUAAGUUGGUGAGAUUCCAGGAAGUCGACCCCGAGCCUUGCGGAGGGGUGUGUUUGGUGGUAACUCGACUGUGCUUCCUACUUUGUUUCUAGAUCGCCGCCAAGAUUGGAGGCGAUGCUGCUACAACCGUGAAUAACAGCACUCCGGAUUUUGGUUUCGGGGGCCAAAAACGGCAGUUGGAAGAUGGAGACCAGCCUGAGAGCAAGAAACUGGCUGCCCAGGGAGACUCAAUCAGUUCUCAGCUUGGGCCCAUCCAUCCUCCCCCGAGGACUUCGAUGACAGAGGAGUACAGGGUCCCAGACGGCAUGGUGGGACUGAUAAUUGGCAGAGGAGGCGAACAGAUUAACAAAAUCCAGCAGGAUUCGGGCUGCAAAGUGCAGAUCUCACCAGACAGCGGCGGCCUUCCCGAGCGCAGCGUGUCCCUCACAGGAGCUCCCGAAUCUGUCCAGAAAGCAAAGAUGAUGCUAGACGACAUCGUCUCUAGGGGUCGCGGCGGCCCCCCAGGGCAGUUCCACGACAACGCCAACGGGGGCCAGAACGGCACCGUGCAGGAGAUCAUGAUCCCCGCGGGGAAGGCUGGCCUGGUCAUCGGCAAGGGCGGGGAAACGAUCAAGCAGCUGCAGGAACGUGCCGGAGUGAAGAUGAUUUUAAUCCAGGACGGUGCCCAGAACACGAACGUGGACAAACCUCUCCGGAUCAUCGGGGACCCUUAUAAAGUGCAGCAAGCCUGUGAGAUGGUGAUGGACAUCCUGCGGGAGCGCGACCAGGGUGGCUUCGGGGACCGGAACGAGUACGGGUCACGCAUCGGUGGGGGCAUCGACGUGCCGGUGCCCAGGCACUCGGUCGGGGUGGUCAUAGGGCGGAGCGGAGAGAUGAUCAAGAAGAUCCAGAGCGACGCCGGAGUGCGGAUCCAGUUCAAACAAGAUGACGGGACGGGUCCUGAGAAGAUCGCGCACAUAAUGGGGCCCCCCGACAGGUGUGAGCAUGCAGCCCGCAUUAUCAAUGACCUCCUCCAGAGCCUCAGGAGUGGUCCUCCCGGCCCUCCAGGUGGCCCAGGCAUGCCCCCAGGGGGUCGGGGCCGAGGAAGAGGCCAAGGCAACUGGGGCCCCCCGGGCGGGGAGAUGACCUUCUCCAUCCCCACUCACAAGUGCGGGCUGGUCAUCGGCCGAGGUGGCGAGAACGUGAAAGCCAUAAACCAGCAGACGGGCGCCUUCGUCGAGAUCUCGCGGCAGCUGCCACCCAACGGAGACCCCAACUUCAAGUUGUUCAUCAUCCGGGGCUCGCCCCAGCAGAUCGACCACGCCAAGCAGCUCAUCGAGGAAAAGAUCGAGGGUCCUCUCUGCCCAGUUGGACCCGGCCCGGGGGGACCCGGCCCUGCUGGCCCAAUGGGGCCCUUCAACCCUGGGCCCUUCAACCAGGGUCCGCCAGGGGCUCCCCCUCAUGCCGGGGGCCCCCCUCCUCACCAGUACCCACCCCAGGGCUGGGGCAAUACCUACCCCCAGUGGCAACCGCCUGCUCCUCAUGACCCAAGUAAAGCCGCUGCUGCCGCGGCAGACCCUAACGCCGCCUGGGCUGCAUACUACUCACACUACUACCAGCAGCCCCCGGGCCCCGUGCCGGGCCCCGCGCCGGCCCCCGCGGCUCCCCCCACCCAGGGCGAGCCCCCACAGCCCCCACCCACCGGCCAGUCGGACUACACCAAGGCCUGGGAAGAGUAUUACAAAAAGAUCGGCCAGCAGCCACAGCAGCCCGGAGCCCCUCCCCAGCAGGAUUACACGAAGGCCUGGGAAGAGUACUACAAAAAGCAAGCUCAAGUGGCCACCGGAGGGGGUCCGGGUGCACCCCCCGGCUCCCAGCCAGACUACAGCGCUGCCUGGGCCGAAUAUUACAGACAGCAGGCCGCUUACUACGGACAGACCCCCGGCCCCGGCGGCCCCCAGCCUCCGCCCACGCAGCAGGGACAGCAGCAGGCAAGUGGGAACUGCCACCCUCCUCCUCCUCCUUUCUCCUUCCAACCCCCGGCCACCGUCCAUCCUGCCUUAGUGGGUAGCGCCGGCAACCCCUUCCCCUGCGGGGUGUGUCCCUGAUGCCUGCAGUGGGGCCGCCUGGCCGAGGUCUCCGGGAGCCCCCGCGAGCCGGGGGGCAUGUGCGCUGGGUCCAGAGGCUCAAGAAGAGGCCUCCACCGCCAGCCUGCUUGUUCCUGUGUGAUGCUGUCAUGAC